AUGGCAGACCUCAAGACAUUCUCACCCAUCCAAUCCUUGAUCGAGACCUGGUGGAAGGAGGAAAGGCCAGAAGGUAACAAUUCGCCAGCGCCUCUUGACCUCCCCAUCUACCGCGAGCUCCUGGACUUUGCGCAAAAGCAGCUGAAGGAGACCAGGAUCGUACAAAGCAAAGCCGAAGACGGAGAGACAAGGAAUAUAGCGAUCAGUCCCAGCGGUGAAUUCCCUGUCCACGACGGUCCACCCACGUAUUCAGCGGAUCAGAARCAAAACACAUUGAACCGAGGGAUAAACGACCUCAAAACUCUGCUCCCUAUCGAUACACCUUUCGUCUGUGGUGGCGUCUAUGACUACGUAGGCCGUAACGGUUCCAACACGUAUGGAGCCUUUGGCGGCAGACCAGACAUUGUUGCUUACAGCUUGAACGUGACCUCUGCUGGGCAGAUCUCUGGAUCUAGCAAGGACAAAUGUGGAUCGGCAAGAAUUGAAGGCAAAAUCGACUGCGAGACGGGUGCCGUGGAGUUCGUCAAAAGUUACAGCUGGUACAAUCUUUGGACGCAGUGGAACUAUCGCGGGCAGCUGCAAAGAAUCGAUAGCAGGGCAGUAGUACUAGGCAGAUGGGAGAGAGGGAGGUUUGCUAUUUGGUUGGACGCUAAGGAUACUGACCAGGAUAGAAUGGCCGCACAAAUGCUACGCGUGCUUGAUACAAGGGACGCUCAGAGCAGAUUAGACGCCUGCGCGCUUUAA